AGAAGGGGAGAAAAGCCAAACUUAAUAAACUGUGCCAUGUUCCAGAUAAGUCAUUGGAACACUUUUUCCUGGUGAAUUCAUCCUUGGAGUCAAAGUUUCUUAAGCUCUCUUUUUCUUGGACUACAGGAGCCUUUCCUCAUCCAAACCCGGUCUUUGUUGGCGUUUUGAGGACUGGCGUACACAUGAACCUUUUUGUUCUUUACAGAAAAAGAGGUUUGGGGCCUUAGAAUCUUGCAGAAAGCAGAACUACACAGUUGCAUUUCCAUCUAGACCAUCUUUAAGUCCCCCUUCAAAACUGGGGGCUCUGAGCCUGUGACCCCAGCGUGGGAGAAGAUAGGUACAAGAUGGCCAUGUGGCAGGGAGCCAUGGAUAACAGAGGCUUUCAACAGGGGAGUUUUAGUAGCUUCCAGAGCAGCUCUAGUGAUGAAGACUUGAUGGACAUCCCAGGAACUGCUAUGGAUUUCUCCAUGAGAGAUGAUGUGCCUCCUUUAGAUCGAGAAAUAGAAGGAAACAAGUCAUACAAUGGUGGUGGAAUAGGCUCUUCAAAUAGGAUCAUGGACUUCUUGGAGGAGCCAAUCCCUGGUGUAGGGACCUAUGAUGAUUUCAACACAAUUGACUGGGUGAGAGAGAAGUCUCGAGACCGAGAUAGACACCGAGAGAUUACCAAUAAAAGCAAAGAGUCAACAUGGGCCUUAAUUCACAGUGUGAGCGAUGCUUUUUCUGGCUGGUUGUUGAUGCUCCUUAUUGGGCUUUUAUCAGGUUCCUUAGCAGGCUUGAUAGACAUCUCUGCUCACUGGAUGACAGAUUUAAAAGAAGGGAUAUGCACAGGGGGAUUCUGGUUUAACCAUGAACACUGUUGCUGGAAUUCUAAACAUGUCACCUUUGAAGACAGAGACAAGUGUCCAGAGUGGAACAGCUGGUCCCAGCUUAUCAUCAGUACAGAUCAGGGAGCCUUUGCCUACAUAGUCAACUAUUUCAUGUAUGUCCUCUGGGCUCUCCUGUUUGCUUUCCUUGCCGUAUCUCUUGUCAAAGCGUUUGCACCUUAUGCCUGUGGUUCUGGAAUUCCUGAGAUAAAAACUAUCCUGAGUGGUUUCAUUAUUAGGGGCUAUUUGGGUAAGUGGACGCUUGUCAUCAAAACUAUCACUUUGGUGCUGGCAGUGUCAUCUGGUUUGAGCCUGGGCAAAGAGGGCCCCCUAGUGCACGUGGCUUGCUGCUGUGGGAACAUCCUGUGCCACUGCUUCAACAAAUACAGGAAGAAUGAAGCCAAGCGCAGAGAGGUCUUAUCAGCUGCUGCAGCUGCUGGUGUAUCUGUAGCCUUUGGAGCACCUAUUGGUGGAGUAUUAUUCAGCCUGGAAGAGGUCAGCUACUAUUUCCCCCUCAAAACACUAUGGCGUUCAUUCUUUGCUGCCCUGGUGGCAGCAUUCACACUGCGGUCCAUCAAUCCAUUUGGAAACAGCCGCUUGGUUCUAUUUUAUGUGGAGUUUCACACCCCAUGGCAUCUUUUUGAGCUCGUGCCAUUUAUUGUGCUAGGCAUAUUCGGUGGCCUUUGGGGAGCUCUGUUUAUCCGCACCAACAUUGCCUGGUGUCGGAAGCGUAAAACCACACAAUUGGGCAAGUAUCCUGUCGUUGAGGUACUCAUUGUGACAGCCAUCACUGCCAUCUUGGCUUUCCCCAAUGAAUACACCCGGAUGAGCACAAGUGAGCUCAUUUCUGAGCUGUUCAAUGACUGUGGCCUCCUGGACUCCUCCAAGCUCUGUGAUUAUGAGAACCAUUUCAACACAAGCAAAGGUGGUGAGCUGCCGGACAGACCUGCUGGCAAUGGAGUCUACAGUGCUAUGUGGCAACUGGCCCUGACACUCAUACUGAAAAUAGUCAUUACUAUAUUCACCUUUGGCAUGAAGAUUCCUUCCGGUCUCUUUAUCCCCAGCAUGGCUGUUGGUGCUAUAGCAGGUCGUCUUUUAGGAGUAGGAAUGGAGCAACUGGCUUAUUACCACCAUGACUGGGGCAUCUUCAAUAGCUGGUGUAGUCAGGGAGCUGAUUGCAUCACGCCUGGCCUUUAUGCUAUGGUUGGGGCUGCAGCCUGUUUAGGUGGGGUAACUCGGAUGACGGUUUCUCUUGUUGUCAUAAUGUUUGAACUGACUGGUGGCCUGGAAUAUAUUGUGCCUCUGAUGGCUGCAGCCAUGACAAGCAAGUGGGUAGCAGAUGCUCUUGGGCGAGAGGGCAUUUAUGAUGCCCAUAUUCGUCUCAAUGGAUACCCCUUUCUUGAAGCCAAAGAAGAAUUCGCUCAUAAGACUCUGGCAAUGGAUGUGAUGAAGCCCCGGAGAAAUGAUCCCCUGCUGACUGUCCUUACUCAGGACAGUAUGACUGUGGAAGAUGUUGAGACCAUAAUCAGUGAAACCACUUAUAGUGGCUUUCCAGUGGUAGUCUCCCGAGAGUCACAAAGACUCGUGGGCUUUGUUCUUCGAAGAGAUCUCAUCAUUUCAAUUGAAAAUGCUCGGAAGAAGCAGGAUGGGGUUGUGAGCACUUCCAUCAUUUAUUUCACUGAGCACUCACCUCCAAUGCCGCCAUAUACUCCACCUACCCUGAAGCUUCGGAACAUCCUGGAUCUCAGCCCCUUCACUGUGACAGACCUUACGCCAAUGGAGAUCGUAGUGGAUAUCUUCCGCAAGCUGGGACUGCGCCAGUGCCUGGUUACACACAAUGGGCGCUUACUUGGAAUCAUUACCAAAAAGGAUGUGUUAAAGCACAUAGCACAGAUGGCAAACCAAGAUCCUGAUUCCAUCCUCUUCAACUAGAAUCAUGGUGUUGUUUUGGAUAUAAAACAAGGACAUUGCGGACCAUGGAUAUAUUUUAUUAACUGGGUACCCAAAACACAUUUCCCAUAUUUGAAUGGUGAAGUCAUAUUAGUGUGUUGUCUGUUUCCUACAAGUUAACCAGUUGCACUACAUAAUUUCUGGAAAUGAAUCUCUCUAGGAGAAAAUACAGAUAGGCUUAUGUGAUACUGCAUUAGGAAGGGUUCACGAAAGAGUAAACGAGAUUGCUAUGGUUUAA